CGCUCCGUUGGUGCUAGCUGCUGGGGAUUGCGUGUAUCCAAGGGGCAACGGGAGGACGGGGGUAGGACCCUGCUUCAGGACCCCCUCCCAUUCACUCAGCGGUUCUGCUGAUAAUGUUGAGGGCACUUGAAGAUCAGUAAAGUGUGUCAGUGCAAAGUAGCCUCACCGAAGAAAUCACCUUCCUAUAUAAUUGAGAAAUCUGAGAUUGAAUCUAUGUUGUCAGAUGAACUAGAAUCCAAGCCUGAGUUGCUGGUACAGUUUGUCCAGAAUACUUUCAUACCAUUGGGAAAAGGGUUUGAGGAGCCAGAACAGAGUGCUGGCCAAUGUCUGCCUCCAAGCAAAGCCAGUGAUAACACAUUAGACAACCAAGCUCCAGUCUCUGGUGAACCCUCUGUCUCUGACCCUGGACUGCCAAUUCAAGCUGAGGGACCUGAUGCCAGAAGUGUGACUGCUGCCAAUGAAAGCGUGGAUGGGAGUACUCCAUGGUAUCUCCGUGUACAGGAAUUAGCCCAUGACAGUCUUGUGGCUGCAACCAGAGCAGAACUGGUGAAGGAUUCCAAAGGAGAGCCCACCAACGACAGUAAAGCAUCCAGCUGUAAGGAAGAUUUAACUCCUGAGCUGCAGCAUACCACUCCACGAAGUGAGAAGACCUUAAAGUGCUGUUAUGACGGAUGUAGCAGGACCUUCCUCUGGCAUGCGCACCUGAAAUAUCACCUGAAAACACACAAGAAUGAUCGCUCCUUCACUUGCCCGAAGGAAGGAUGUGGGAAGAGUUUCUAUGUGCUCCAGAGGUUAAAGGUCCACAUGAGGACACACAACGGAGAGAAGCCGUACAUCUGCCCCGAAGCUGACUGUGCGAAGAAGUUUACAACAGCUGGCAACUUGAAGAACCACAUGCGAAUUCACACUGGAGAGAAACCAUUCAUUUGUGAAGCAGGAAGCUGCGGACGUUGUUUUACAGAAUAUUCCAGUCUUCGUAAACACAUGGUCGUACACUCAGGUGAGAAGCCGUACCGCUGCAGCAUUUGUAACAAGACUUUCUCUCAGAGUGGCAGCAGGAAUGUCCACCUGCGGAAGUACCACAAUGUGCUUGUGCCUGUCUCUGACCAGGAAGAAACCAGAGAAGCGAUCCCAUUGGCUGAUACUGGUGCAGCAAAAGAGCCAGAGGUACCUGCUGGACUUCCGGUAGCAACAGCUACAAUGGCAACACCUACGGGUUUGGAAACUCAGCCUUUAGUGUUGCCACCUAGUAUACUGGGAGCAGAGGAAGAAGUACUACCUGAGAAUUCUCCUUCAGUUACUGGUACAGCGACCACUGCAUCUGUUGUUGUUUUGCCCCAGCCGCACCAUCUGGUUACUAUCGCCACUGCAGGACAUUCUUACGAAGAAGUAGUUACUGUGAUAAUACAGUGACCACCAGUGAACCCCUUUUGUGAACGGAGGCUGCUUAUCCCGGAGUGGUUAAAAUAAAGUGUUGCAGAAGUUAAGCCGCCGCCGGCAGAAUUGAACUGUAGGAGCAAAUUUCUCUCUCAAGUUUGCCCUAAAAUGACUAACCUGAGAGUAGGUUCACCUUUUGAGUUUGAGAAUGAGAACUGUAGUGGUGGGUAUUUUUAUUGUUUUUCAUCAUCUUCCUGAAUUAUUUGCCCAUGGUUGCAAGAUCUCUGCUUGAAAGAAAUUAAACUCAUUUUAAUUUCUUCUCGUCUUUGGAGCAGUAAAAAAAAAAGACUUGCCUGGUAUUUAUUUAAAUACAACGAGCCAUUAAAUUCCAUUUGCUGCAUCGCAACAAACUUUGUUAGCCAGUGAUGUUCUCAAUAGCCCAGCCUGUAGAUCUGAAUACAAGACGGUGUUUUUAGAAUCUUCUGUGUAUCAUGUUCUUCAUGCCUCAUGCUCAAAAGAUUGCCUUUCAAGAUUAUGCUCCAGUGAAGUUACUUUAAUAAUCAUCUGAGCUGUGCAUCACCACCAUUUUGAGAGUGACAAGAAGCCUGAAACAGAGAGGGUCCUGGGUCUACAAGUGACAGAGCCAACUUUGCUUUCCCAGUGAGCCAGUAGGUCUAAUAACGAAAGUCAUUUAAGGUUUUGUGUAUGCAUCAUUAAAUAUUUUCCAAACCCAAACUCUUCCCCUCCCCUGUCCUAGAAUUAGGUAGUGAGUGCUGAGAAUUACUGAUAAUGACAUGCACAAGUGUUACACUUUGCGUUAAACAAAGAAGGUUAUGCCACCAUGUCCUGUGCCCUGCAUUCAGAAUACUUUGAGUCAAACCUCUCAAAGGAAAUGUGGUCGGGGUGGCAGGUCAGAGUUAGGGAAUAGAAUAUUUAGAUCUUGCUCAGUCUCCUCUGUACUCAGCUUCUGUCCUGGACCAAAUGGUUUGAAGAUGCAAUGAAUACUGGUCUAUAAUCCUGCCCACAUAGGAACCAGAACUCAAAGGAAAAGCAACUCUACACGUCCACUUGGAACACUUUUCUAACAGUAGAGGACUCUGGGAUCUUUAUAUGGCUCAAAGGAAGCAGUCACUGAAAGAGGAACUUAACAAGCAGGUGGAACCAAAUAUGAUUGAAAAGUGGAGCUUCUACUAGGCUUGGUGGGUGAAUCUUGGUUAAAAAAACAAAUAGACCAAAAUUUCCAAGACUUCCUGGUUUUUGCUAAGUAAUAGACUGGCAGAUCAGCUGGGGAAUCUGCUCCUGAUCAUUAUUUACUAACUCCCUGAUAAAAUGUAACAUGAGAUGACAACAAAAUUGAGCUGGGCUGUGAUUUUCCUAAUGCUGGAAUAGUCAAACUCAUGAACACAAUGUCCAUUCAGAUAAACAGGAGGAGUGGCUGCUGUCCAUGGAAUUAUCAUCUCCUAGUACAGGAGGGCAAAUUAAAAAUGCAACAAGAUUUUAUUUUGGGUCAAGUGCCCAUGUGAUGUAUUUGAAUGUGAACAGGAACAUGGCACUGCAGAAUUUAAAAAUAUUAUUGUGAAAUAUAUAUAGAGUACACCAAUAAUGGAAGUGUCAGAAAGCCUUGCAACUGAGGUGGUUAUGACCCUCUAUAAUAUCAGUCAUUACUUAUGAAUUUCAAAUUGCAAUAUUCCAUGUUAAGAAAUUUUGCAGAUUUUCAUUAACCUUUUAAAGGUUUGUAUGAAAGUUUGAAAUUAUUGAAGUUUCCUUUCAGAAUUCAGGCAGUAUUGCCUCUUAAAAAGCAGCAUUGAACUUAAUUUUAGUUCUUGCUAAUGCCUAAUUUCUUUUGAAUCUUCAAUUUUUUAUUGGUUCAAUUUGCUUUUCUAGCAUCUAUUCUAAGAGGCCUCGCUGUCUCAGUGAUGGAUGAUUACAUCAAUGAACAAGGACACUGAAUUUGUCUGCUUUAGGCUUUUGAAGCAGUGUUUUGCAUUUAAGGGUACUGAUGUCCAGUU